CUGGCUGUUCGAUCUGAGGCUGUUUCUCUGCCCUCCUACUCUGAGCCAGCUGGAAAACUUGGACACGGGAUGAUCUCAGGAAUCCUAAUGAGCUGUUAAACAAACAGAGCAGACAUUCAGAGCGGCUGAAGGUAAGACGGGGAACUUUAAAUGGAGCUGCAGAGACCAGGAGGAAACAAGAGUGAGACUAUAAAACACACGGUUCAAUAUAAAAAAAGGCCAAAGUUAGAGUAGAAACUGUGCAACAACAAGCAAGGACAUUGUUUACUAGGCCAACCCCCCACCCUGAGGCCCCUCAUGUCUGCAGGGUCUGCAGGAAUGUCCCCCUGCUCAGUCAAACACAGAGACAGAGGGGGACACUGCUGGCUGCUGACCAAAAGGAUAUCUUUUUUUCCUCUCAAUGAACAGAGAAAAGCUGAUCUAUACAUUCCUGUGAUGAUGACAGGAUCCAUAGGACUCAAACCCAAACAAUACAGUAAAACAACCUCCAACCCCACCCUCAGAUUAAAGGGAUCCCCCCUCCUUUAAAUAAAGCAGGAAGUUCAGCUUUACAAACUACAGUUUACGUCAAUCUGGAUUAACUUUGAAGUGAAGCAAAGUCAGCAGAAAUAGAAAACCUGCAGCCGAUGGACAUGAGACACAAACGGAUCACAAAAGCAGCUCACAAUAAUCGGUGAAUAUGUAAUUAAAAAUCCUGCAAAUCAAAUUCAGUCCCAGAAACAUGUUUAAAAAUAUUUAAAGUAGGAAAACAAAACACUAAAAAGGUUAAAGAGGAAAAUCUCCCAGCUGAUGAGGUUAAUGUGCAACACGCCAGAAACACGAGGCUGAGUCUGGAAGAGGUUUAAGACUCUGUGAGAGACCGCGUGAACUAACUGUUCAACAGUUUCAGAAGAACGAGCUGGAGAAAUCUCUGUACUGAGGGGGGACAAGGACCAGAACCAAGACUGGAUGGUCCUGAUCUUCAGAACGGACUGUGAAGUGGGAAUCUCCGCAUGGAAAGGACAACUGGACUUUCUCCAGGUUUAGGAGCAACAUCAGUGUCCAUCCAGACAAAGACAAACUACAUUCUGACAACAGGGUAGGGCUGGGCGAUAAAGCAAUUACGAUAUAUAUCCAAAAUUAAUUUCCCUGAAUAUCAAUAUAAAACAUGGUCAAUAUGCUUUUCAAUUGUCAUGUUUUGUUAGACUAUAUGAAUAGCCAAUGAAAAGGGGAGUUGCUCCUGGUCUGCUUCGCGCUGAAACAAUCAUGUGCCAAAUUUGAACCAAGUAGCGAACAACUGCGUCGUAGCAGACAGCAGCUUCACGCAACCAGGGCCCGACGGAUUUAUCAGCGAGCCAAUUAAAUCGGCCAAUUUUAGCCUGUUUGAGACUAAUCGUUAAUUGGCCAAAACUCACCGAUUUUCGCCAAUAUUUUCAGAAAUUAAAUGCAAAAUGGGCUAGUUGGAAACGCUUUUCUGGUCCGACUUGAUUCAUAAUAAAUACGUGAAAUAUUACUAAGAUGACCAGUUGGUCUUCCUGUUGGCGUGAAGAGCAGUAGCCUACAUGAUAUCUACAGUAUAUAUAUAUAUAUAUAUAUAUAUAUAUAUAUAUAUUUUAUAACUUAAAGAAACAUUAUAAAAAUCGCAGAUUAAUCGGUAAUCGGACCCCCCCCCAAAUAAUCGGUAUCAGAUCGGCCCUAAAAAAUCCAUAUCGGUUGGGCCCUACACCCAACCAUAGCACUUUAACAGGUGAAGCCGACAGCACUGUUGGUGAGAAACAAAGAAAAUGAGUGCUACCCCCGACAGAAAUGACCAUGAAGGCUCAACAGAUGACCACAUCGUCAACAACAACACUGGCGUUAGGAAAACGUCGGUGGUGUGGAGGUAUUUUGGUUACUGUAAAUUAUGUCGAGUACAUGUUCUCACAAAGUCGGUGAAUACAUCCAAUCUUUUUCACCACCUGAAGCAGCGCCAGCGAGAGGAGCGAGAAGCCCAUGGCGCCUGUGCAGCCGAAACAGCCGACCAAUCAGUCUGCUUUCUCUAGAGCAACACCUUACGACAAAGCGCCAAAGAGACACAAAGACCUCACAGAUACGUUGUAAAAAGACGUGCUACCAAUAAGCACUGUUAAAAUCUUGUUUUCUAUAUCUUGAUAUAUAUUGAUAUUGAGUGAUACGGAAAAUAUACAUCGUGAUGAACUUUUUUCCAUAUCGCCCAGCCCAAAUAUCAGUUUUUUAUGGACAAAGCAGCAAACUCUUCAGGUAGGUAUCUCCUAAAUUAAAUGCAAGGCUCUGAUUACAAGUGAAUAAAUAGCAUUGAUCAAUAUUUCCCUGAUGUAUCUUCUUGGCAGGAAGACAGAGAGCAGGGCAGGGCUGCCGAACACAAUCUAUUAAUCAGUAAAAGGCUUUUAUAACUCAGAGCUGUUAGCAGUUACAGUCAUAAAACACUUUCAAAACUACAAAUAAAGUAACUGAAGUAACAGAAAAGGUGCAGAUUUACAUGUAAUUUAAUAAUUCCAUUUAA